CGCCCCCGGAUGCCGUCACCGCAACCUUCUUCUUUUGGCCGCUAUGCUAGCAAACACGUAUUCACCUCUGCCGUGAGCAUUCCCUCAUCGCGCGCCAGCCCCGCAUCCAAUCCCUCCAACAUGGGAACAAACGGCUCGCUCCAGUCCACUCCAGAGGGCAUGGUUCCUGUGUCGCACUCGUCGCUACCAAUUCCUCCCUCAUUGAACCUGCCCGAGUCUAUGAUGUACCAUUACCAGCCUCCAACUUCAAACCCGCUCACGUCGUCCCCAUCCGCUAUGUCCGAGGCUUUCAGCAAGGGCUCCGGCCUAAUACGAAGAGCCUCGCGUGGCGCCCAAGGAAUUCCGAGCAAGUUCCGACGGAACGGUUCCCACGCACACCGCGAUACUAGCUCGGGUCCGGUUAUUAUGAGGAGGCGGAGUGAUAGCAGGACUGCGGCAGAUGCGGCAAUGGACGUAUCUGACCUGGAUCUGAAUUUUGAAGAAGAAGAGGCGGUAGAGGAUCUUGGCGCAUUGAGCCCUGACCCUGUCCAUGGCCUUGGAAUUACAUCGGAUGCGAACAACAGAAGCUCAAUACCAGACGCAACCGUUGUUGGCCCCAAGCGCAACUCGAGACUCGAACAGGGCACUCUCCUGAAGAAGAUCACUAAAAAGGACCGCAAAGAUAUCAAUCUCCGCCUGGAUCUUGACUCCGCCAAAGUGUACUGGGACCUGUCGCGACCUUCCAAGACAUUCUACAUUGACGAUGUGCGCGAAAUCCGGUCUGGUCCGGAAGCGAGGCAUUACCGAGAAGAGUGCAACUACUCUGAGGCAUGGGAGCCAUAUUGGUUCACCAUCGUCUAUACCGAUACGACCCGCUCAAAAGGCAAGAUAAAGACUAUGAACUUGGUAGCACCAGAUAUUGGGACCUUCAACUUGUGGACUCGCACCCUUGACACAGUCUCUCGCAACCGAAUCGAUCUCAUGGCUGGUCUUCUUGGGUUCGCCGAGAAGAGCGCAAAGCUGGUUUGGCGACGAGAAAUGAAGAAACGAUUCAAUAGAGCUGAACACUCAGAACAUGAUGAGUCAAUGGAUCUUCCAGGCAUUGUCCAGCUUUGUCGCAGUCUGCACAUUAACUGCUCCGAAACGACCCUACGCGCAUAUUUCGGCAAGGCCGACAGCGAUCACACGGGCAACCUCAACCAGGCGCAGUUCCUGUACUUUGUCAGGCGACUUAAGGAGCGCAAGGACAUCAAGGCUAUCUAUAAGACACUUGAGUCUCACCAUCACUCCGAAAUUGACCAAGACACAUUCUUCAAAUUCUUGAAAGAGCAACAGGGAGUUGAUGUCGACGCUGACAUUUCGCAAUGGGCAUCCGUUUUCGAGAGAUGUGCACGUGCAUCGAGACCCAAAGCAACUCCAUCCAAUGGCGGGGAGAUUCCCAUCCCACUGACUAUGAGCUUCCCUGCCUUUCAGACAUUCCUCACCUCACCCGCGAACCCCGUAUUUCUGCCUGCGAAUUCUACCCUACAGCAUAACCGUCCUCUAAAUGAAUACUUCAUCUCAAGCUCGCACAACACCUACCUGCUUGGCCGUCAGGUCGCAGGCGAAUCUAGCACCGAAGCGUACAUCACUGCCCUCCAGAAAGGCUGUCGAUGUAUCGAGAUCGACUGCUGGGAUGGUGGCGAUGGCAGGCCCAUCGUGAUGCACGGCCGCACUUUGACCAAGAGCAUCUUAUUCUCCGACACUAUCAAGGUCAUCAACAGAUAUGCCUUCAGCGAAUCUCCAUAUCCUUUGAUUCUCUCUCUCGAAGUUCACUGCUCUCCUGAACAACAAGCCCUCAUGACCAAGACUAUGAUACAGGAGUUUGGUGAUAGUCUUCUCCUCUACCCUCUAGAUUGGGAGUCUACAAUUCUGCCAUCACCGGAACAGUUGAAGGGUAAAAUUCUGAUUAAGGUUAAAGCUGCAGCUGAGGAUCUCGAUGCUAAAGCAUUGACAAACGAACUGACUAGUCGGAAACGUGAGCUCAGCUUCAGUUCACCAUGGUCCCGCCCAGUGCAGCUCAACGACAACAUUGUCCCGAAUUCGCCACUCAUCUCUAGCCCACCUUCGAUGAGCCCACCAGAACGCGCAACCACCUUCUGGACGUCACCUCGAACGUCAACUACAUCCACUAAUGCCACAAUGCCAACGUCGGCUCUCAUGAGCUCUGCAGAGGACAGCGACAGCCCUCAGCUAACGCCCGGGGAGGAUUCUAAAAAGAAGAAGAAGAAGACGUCUACCAAGACCAGCAAUAUCAUCAAGGUGCUCGGCGAUCUUGGCGUAUAUACUCGGGGGAUCAAGUUCUCGGAUUUCAAGUCUCCCGAUGCCAAUACUCACAAUCAUGUCAUCUCCUUUGGUGAGCGCAUGUUCGAUAGAUGUUGCCGCCCUGGCUCGCAGACGAAGCAGUUACUGGAAGAGCAUAACAUGCGCAGUCUUAUGCGUGUGUAUCCCGCUGGCCACAGGAUCAAUUCGUCUAACUUCGAACCUCUGAAGUUUUGGAGACGCGGUGUCCAGAUGGCCGCCACAAACUGGCAGACAUACGACCUUGGUCAGCAGCUUAAUGAAGCCAUGUUCGCCGGUGGGAACGAUCGAACGGGAUACGUUCUUAAGCCCGCCGAACUACGUCUUGAGGAUCCGACUCCGGUUGUUGGUCAUAAGAGGGCGCCUAAGCAGCGUGUUAGAUUUGCAGUUGAGAUCAUCUCUGCUCAGCAGCUUCCUCGUCCACGGGGCCUAAGCCCCGAAGCAAACAUCAACCCGUAUGUGGAGUUCGAAAUGCACUGCGCUGAAGAUAAUGGCCCCAACGCCACUGGAGUUGGUGGCCAAGAUGCUUCUGCUCGUAACGGACUUUCUGGAAUCGGCAAUCCGGUUAAGAAACGCACGCGCAUCGUACAGGGCAACGGAUACAACCCCGAGUUCAAUGACAAGAUCACGAUGACACUCACUACACGAUACCCUAGCCUUGUUUUUGUGCGAUGGUCCGUGUGGAAUUCAAUUAAUGCGCGCGAUACCAACCACGCUCCGUUGGCUACUUUCACUGCUAAACUCAGUAGUCUGCAGAAGGGCUACAGGCAUCUCCCUCUUUUCGACUGCAAUGGCGAACAAUACCUGUUUUCUACAUUGUUCUGCAAAAUUGAGAAGGAGGACUUUGUAGUUGUCGACGUCGAUGACUCGAUUCCGGAGCGUGCCGGGUCCAGAAAGUCUUCGGUGGAAGCUACCAAUCCCCAGCACGAACCGACCAACCCGCAAGGCGGCGGCCGCAGCAUCUUCAGGAAACUCCUCAGCCGGAACCCCAGUGAGCGCAAAAAACGCAAGGAAGAACGCAACAACAGCGAAUCCAAGGAAUCGGAUUCAAGCUUCCUCAGUCGCAGUAGUACUAUCGAACGAUAA